AUGGCUGAGCCAGUUGGCAUUACCGGUACAGCUGUUGGGAUACUUUCCUUUGGACUUCAGCUAUAUACCGGGAUCUCAGAAUAUCUUGAUGCUGUCAAAGGUCGCGACGAAGACCUCCAGUCCGCGAAGCAAUAUGCGACGAUGCUGCGGGAUAAUCUUGUCUCGAUCGAAGUGGCCAUUAGCGCGAUCGGCAGCGAAUAUACGGUGGCCCGAUAUGCUAUCGAACGGUGCAAAUCCUCCUGCGAAACAGAGCUUAAGGGUUUAGAGGUACUGCUUCUAGAAUUGAAAGGUCCCAUGGUAGAGCCCAACAGUCGCACGGAACAGGCCAAGAAUUCUUUACGCAAAUUCAGCUACCCUUUCAAGAAGAAGGACAUUGCCAGGCUUCAGGAUAGAUUAAGCUUAACUAAUAAUGCCCUCCAUACGGCCGCAUUGGCCUUGCAGUUAGCCGUUUCCAACAAUACCUUGACUACCGUUGUCAGUCUACAAAGAGCUGCUAUUGCGAUAAGCCAAGCAACUGAGGACACCGCGACGGGAAUGGCGGAACAGGCUGUAGCCCUAAAGCAGGCGAACCAGACUCUGACACAGUCUCACCAAGAGCUUCAGCUUAUCUCUCAACGCAUGCCGCCAGCUCUUGAUUCGAGAAUUAAUGAAAUUCUGACCUAUUUACGUGAUGCAGAAAGCCCCCGCUCUCAACUUGUUCAGCUUCUUCAAUAUCCACAAGAUCUACGGCGCUUAUGUGAUGCGGUUUCUAAUUUACGCCAAAACUCAAAGACGGAUCCUAGAGCGCCAGUGUCUCAGUCAACCGAAAUUACAGGAUGUGAGAAGUUGACGACUUAUCGAACUUGCGACUGCGCAGCAAGACACAACGUUCGGCGCCAAGGACGGCAUUUUGGGCUCUUUGUCUUCGAGUCGGAGAUCCAGAAGACGACCUACCACGCACCAGAAUGUGAGAUGUCCGGAGUAAUCCCGAUAGCCACAGAAAACAAACGAACUUUCGGAGUCCAUAUACCAGCUAUGUUCAAGCUUUUAGAUCGCACUAUUCGGCUCUCAUUCUCCGUGAGAGCUGGCGCUGGUGGAUACACCAUAUGUCAAAGCAUAAACUACGCUGUGACCGUCGAUGAAAGCUCAUCCUUAUCUUUCAGAAUCGCAAACAUGCUCAUACGUCUAAUGGACGAACGGACACCUGGACUAAGCAACGAAGACUUUUCCGUUGUUGCGGAAUCAUGCAUAAGGCGGCUUACAUUCUGUUAUGGCAAUAAACAGGCCUCUCCAAGAGAUAUAAACAUGCAUGGGGAGUCGAUACUUGAUCUUCUUGCUUGGCAGCUACACUUACUCGGCGAAUUCACAAUGCCGGCAAACGUUGUUUCUUAUAUCUUACGAUCGUUAGCCACGACGAAGAUUCCCAUCACAAAUGGCUCCAGAGUAAAAAUACCCUUCUUUCUGAGACUUGCACACAUCAACAGGAUAUUCGACUCUGACACGGCUCACCAAACCAUCUCAACGCUACUAGCAUGCUGUGAUAUACCGACAGGACAAGAUUACCAAGUCACGUAUCUCAGAUAUGCUGACGGGAAGCGGAAGGGACUUAUUUUCGAGAACUUCCCAGAUAUUGCAGAGAAUCUGGGAUUUAAUCCCCUCCACAUCGCGACUCUCAAAAACGAUGAAGAGAGUGUUCAUCAUCUCUUGGACAGACAUCCGUCCUACCUGAAUGAUCUCAAUUACUGUGGGCAGUCGCCGGUCCACAUCGCUAUUCAAAACAAAAACUUUCGCAUCUCAUCAGCGGUUAUAGUAGCAGCUCAUGCCGACAUCCUUAACACUGCAGACAACGCACAGCAAUACCCGAUUGAUAUGGCGACCUCCAUCACGUGCAGUCAACUUGAAAAAUCGGAGGGAAGUCAUCAUCAGUCUUGCAAUCAAUCCAGGGUGAUAGAUCUUCUUCUCGAAUCUAAUUCACUGCUUCUACACAGCUUCAUAUGUACACAUUUCGACCAGGCAUGCCAGCAUACGAAGAUGGUUGUCCUGAGUCAUCUCGCACAAAGAAGGAGAGACAUGGAACUUCUCGCCAUUUCGAGGCUUCCCGCUGCAGAAAUACAAGACCUCGGCUUAUCCAGAGGGCGAACAUUGGACCGAAAUACUGCCAGGGUACAGCAUCAUCUCGCAAGACGUUGUAACAUACCACGUGAGCUGCUAUUUUACCCAACUAAUGAUGUUUCUAAGUGGCUGGGCUGUUCAGAAUCUAUAUAUGCAUGUAUAUAUGAUCGUGAUGUUGCUGAACAUGCAAUUUCGUUGGGAUUCGAUUUCGGAACGGCUUUUACCGACCUUUUUGCCCAGGUGAUACAGGAUGUAGUUUCCGAGCGUCCUUCUGGGCAUGGUGCUACCUAUGGACACGCAUCAUUUCCAACCUAUGUCUGCUGGAUGAUAGACCGUGGUGCAGAUAUUUUCGGGACUGUCCCAGCGGGCUUUGUGCCAGGAGCCGCCCAGAAGAUAACAUGGGCACAUUACCUUAUGGCUUCAUUGGGGAUCGCAAUGGUACAGACUCCUCAAUUAGCCAGAGAAUUGCCACAGGGGAUUGCAGAAGUCGUUGCUCGGCAGGGUGUCUUUGAUGGAUGUAAAUGUUGGUGUUCUGAGCAUGGCUGCACACCCUUGGUGAAAUUCUUAGAAGGACUAGGCUGGCGCCAAAUUCCUCAGGGAUCCGAAUUACUCGAAUCCUACGCUUUAAGAACAUCAGACACCCUUGGCAGCUUAUUUCCAAGAUGCAAAGAUGACGGACUUGCUUGCGAUCGGAUAUAUCGUGCUGUCUUACAGUAUAUAACAUUUUGCGCGCUGGGACUUCGCCAUAGUUGUUGUAAGCUGGUCCAUAAAAGCUCUUAUAGUAUUUCAGACGAUGAAGAGAUUCGCGAGAUUCACGAGGAGGAUGCAGCCUACAUACAGAUAUUGGAGGAGCUUACGUCAGACUUCGAGACGGAAUACGAAAACCGUACGGAUCUGGCAACGUUUCUCACAAUUAUCUGGGUCCCAAAGAUGAAAGACAUUUGGUCAAAACUUAACUCAAUAGAGCUCACAAGCGAGGAGAUAAGAAGUGCAGAAACAGUCGGUGUGAUUUGGGAGGUCUGUGAGAGCGAGGAUACUUGGGGUUCGGAGGAAGGUGAGUAUGUCAACCCAGAGAGCUGGGCGAGAGUAGAGGACUUGAGAUCACAAAUGGGACGGACUAGCGAUGAUAAGCCCUCUGCUGUGGAGGAGUGGAUGAGGCGAUUAGAUGAUAUAGCUAUAGAUCCCCAACGGCCUGUCAUUGCUAUCUAG